GAGCGCCGCUGUCACACACUCAUCGUGAUGGCUGCCGUGUGGCGAUUUCGCAACUUUGCCCGCUGUGUCGUCCGUUUCUCUGAUCGUGAUCUCUAAAUUAUCCGUAAAAGCACGUAUUUAAACGCUAUAUUAAAAGAGGCCCCACAAAUAAGCUGAUAUGAGUUUACAUGUUUGCAAAUCACUAUUCAAUGUGAGGUGUAACUAAAUGCAUUAAAUAAGAAGUUUGAAAAUGCCGUACAAUGAUUUCUCACUGCUGUGGUGCAGGGCGUGUCUAACUCUGAGCUGGCCUCUGAUUGGCUGAAAGCAACCAAAAUACUGAUGGCACUGUUAAAGAAGGGGAAGAUGAAAAUACAGAGGAUUCUAAUCUGCAAGUUAGUGAACCUGUUAAGAAGACAAAAGAAAAAGUCUUGGGAUGGAGCUCAGUGUGUUUAGGGCAAAGUGGAUGUCUGAGCUUCAGCCCAGCGCAGGAGGAAGAAGCCUCCCAAAGACUGCUGACCUGAAGAGGAAACAGGAAAUAGCUAAAGAGGAAAAGGCCCGAGAGCUGUUUUUAAAAGCUGUUGAGGAAGAACAGAAUGGAGCCGUUUACAAAGCCAUCAAGUACUAUAAGAGUGCAAUGUUGCUGGUCCCGGACAUUGAAUUUAAAAUCAACUACAGCAGAACUCCCGAUCCAGACCGUGUUGGUGGGAGCUAUUUGGAGGAAAAUGUAAAUAAUGGUGAGAUUGAUGAUCUACUGACGUACUUCCAGCAGCAGCUCACACUGGAGGACAGCACCAUGAAGCUGUGUGAGCAGGACACAGACACGUCACAUGUGCAUAUCUCAGCAUUGCCCUUUGAGGUGCUCAUGUAUAUCUUCCGUUGGGUGGUGUCAUGUGACCUGGACCUCCGAGCCUUAGAGCAGCUGUCACUGGUGUGCAGGGGCUUCUAUAUCUGUGCCAGGGACCCAGAGAUUUGGCGGUCAGCCUGUUUGAGAGUGUGGGGCCGGAGCUGCACCAAAAUGCUGCCAUUUUCAUCCUGGAGGGAGAUGUUUUUAGAGAGGCCACGUGUACGCUUCGAUGGUGUUUACAUCAGUAAAACAUCAUACAUUCGUCAGGGCGAAGAGUCCCUUGAUGGUUUCUACAGGGCUUGGCACCAGGUGGAGUUCUACAGGUACCUCCGCUUCUUCCCUGACGGUCAGGUGAUGAUGUUGACCACACCUGAGGACCCUUUGGUCACAGUUCCAAAGUUGCGCAGCAAGAACUCCAGGAUGGAUUCCAUCUUGUUUGGCCAUUAUCGGCUGUCCCAGGAAACAGACAAUCAAACCAAAAUCUAUGUUGUUGUCUCCAAAAGAAAAGAGGAGAAGGUGGCAGAAUACCAGCGGAGCCGGUUCUGCAGGCGGACCCCGGCAUCUGACGCAGAUCGCUCCUUCCAUGUAGGACUUCAGUUGUCCUCUGGAGGGCGUCAGCGCUUCAACAAGCUGGUGUGGAUCCACCAUUCCUGCCAUAUCACCUACAGAUCAACUGGAGAGACCGUUGUAACAGCAUUUGAUGUGGACAAAAUGUACACGCCUCUGUUUUUUGCUCGAGUGAAAAGCUACACAGCCUUUUCCGAGCGUCCAUUGUAGGAUGACCUGAGCGAUGCAUGCAGAACCUGGACCCUCAAGGUUUUCACCUCACUGCCACGUCCGUGCGCUCUCCUUACUGCUUCCAGCUCCGCACUGUUUCUUAUGAAUGUACAAGAGUGCUGUGACAUUUUUAGAAUCCUACAGUCUUAACUGCAGCUACAAGCAUUGCGUUUUGUUUUCAUAAAUAGCAUGUUAAAAACAAAGAUGCAAUAUAUAUAUUAGAUUUUCUGUAAUGAAGAUUAAAGACAUGGCAUUUUGUUCUCUUUACAGCUGUAAUGAAUGUUCACUUUGUGAAUUUCAGUGAGAGCAUAUGUCUACUGACAACUGGAACAGCCAAAUAAAUGAGCUGUAUUGUCUUUUGAUGGUUUUUUAUUUUAUUUUUUAUGUGGGCCUAUGUAAAUGAUGUUGCCUAAGGAUAGGAAUCAUAAGGAAUUUAAUGCUAACGGUUCCGAUUCCUCUUAACGAUUCUGGUUCCUUAACUGUUGCACUAACAAUUUUUUAGUACUUUUGAGGAAAUGCAAUUCUUUUCGGAUUUACUGCCCUCAGCAGUCUGUUGCCAAACAGUGAGAUCAUUUCGUAUUUUCACAGAACAGAUUCUUACAAAAUGUGUUUUUACAUGGACUUUUUAAUUAAGAUCAUUCAUUCGUUAAUUUAAAACACCAAAACUUAAAUUGUGUAUCUUUAAUUACUCUGAUUUAUGUCUCACAAGUCAUAAGUACACAUAACACUAAAAAUUAUUGGUUCAUUUCAAGUCAUACAAAAUAAACUACGAAAUGAAUGAC